UUUCGUGUGAGUGCUGAGUGCGUCUGCGUGCCUGCGCAAGCGCGAGCCUGAUAAAGGCUUUCCACUCUCAGGGGCAGAGCGGCGCCUCCCUCCCCACACCGCGGCGCGAGAGGAAACCCUAGCCGCCCGUGAUGUCGGACCCCCUCUACCCGUACUCCCGCGGCGCCUUGCCGGGCGGCGACGGCGCGCUGCCGCCGCCGCGGUACUCAGACCUUGAGGUCGACCUCAUCGCGGCCCGUUACACCGGCACCCCGCCGCCCUACCCCUCCUCCGCCGACGUCAGCGCCUUCGAUUCGCACGUCGGCGCUUUCGACUAUGGCGUCGGUGCCUUCGACUCGCACGUCGGCGCUUUCGACUCUGGCGUGGGCGCCUUCGACUCGCACGUUGGCGCCUUCGACUCGCACGUUGGCGCCUUCGACUCGCACAUCGGCGCCUUCGACUCGCGCGUUGGUGCUUUCGAUUCGCGCUUCGGUGCGAGGCGAUCCGCGGAAGCUCUCUAUCAUCAAUCUUUUAUGGGAAGUCAUAGUACUGUUGCCCAGAAUGAGGCUUUAUAUUCACCAAAUACUAUGGCUAAACGCCCUAGGCUCGAAAGCAGCCUUCCUAUAUAUCCACAACGACCAAGGGAAAAGGACUGUGCCUUCUAUAUGAGGACCAGAACCUGUAAGUAUGGAGAGGCCUGCAAAUUUGACCAUCCACAAUGGGUUCCAGAGGGUGGGGUUCCAAACUGGAAAGAGGUCCCAAACGUUGAAGAUUAUUAUCCUGAGCGACCAGGGGAACCUGAUUGUCCUUAUCUCGUGAAGUCUAAUACAUGUAGAUUUAAAUCCAGAUGCAAGUUCAACCAUCCAAAGGAAAAGGUGAAUGCACUAGAGGCUGGAACAGACAAUGAACAUUCUCUAAUCGCCGAUAGCGCCAUCUUACCAGUGAGGCCUUCUGAGCCUGUUUGUUCCUUCUAUGCAAAAACAGGCAAAUGCAAAUUUGGUGCAAAUUGCAAGUUCAAUCACCCAAUGCCAUCCGUGAUUGCAAAGGAAACCAUAUAUACAGCAACAACUGAUGCAGCAGCACACAUUGGUGCAGCUGAUGAUCUGGUUCCAGCAAAGAUGCAUGCACCAACUGCCCCAUCUGAGGCACAUAACCCAAAGGGGCUUCCUAUAAGACCAGGUGAAGUGGACUGCUCGUUUUAUAUGAAGACAGGCAGCUGCAAAUAUGGUUCUAUUUGUCGCUUCAACCAUCCUUAUCGGCCAGUUGUGGAUAUAGCAUUGAUAGCUCCACUGGUUCAAACUACUCUUCCUACUCCAGCACCCAUUAUCUCGGCGCCGAUGUUAAACCCGGCUACAAAUGUUCUGCAAAGCUUUGAUUUUCAUGUGACUCAUGUGCCGAUUGAACCUGUGCCAAUAUAUCCUCAGAGACCUGGAGAGACUGUUUGUGAUUUUUACAUGAAGACAGGAUUUUGCAAGUAUUCUCAGAAAUGCAAGUUUCACCAUCCUAUGAACCGCUCUGAACCUGGUGCCAACGGAAACUGGGAUCCUGAGCAGCCUGUGACACUUACUCUUGCUGGCCUUCCAAGGAGAGAGGGCGCCGAGGCCUGUGCCUUCUACAUGAGGUCUGGCACGUGCAGGUAUGGCGCGCACUGCAAGUUCGACCACCCUCCCCCACAGGAGGCUAUUGCCAAGCUGCAGGCAGCCGGAAAAGAAGAUGAGGAGAAGAAAGAAGGUGAAGCAAAGGAAGGGAGCGUCGUCCCGUGAUUGCCACCUGCCUCGGACUUGUAAUACAUAGCGAAACGCGCUGUCGGGUUGAUGGUUGUCUGGGUCUUGAUGGGCUUCUGAGCUGUGAAGUUUGAGUACCACCGGAAGAAGAGUCUAUCGGAGCAGUGCUGGUGGUGCUAGCGAGUUACCUUCGUUUGUUGCCGUAGAUAACAGUAACCUGGCACAUAAUGGUCAUGUUGCCAUAUUGCAGCAACGCAUUCUUUGGCUUUGCCACUACGCA